CUAAUCUCCGUCCCUCGCAUUUCUCACCAUCAUCGACGGCGACUUCCAAUAUCUCUCCCGACGAUUUAGCUGCCCUCAUCGACGGCGACGAGAAUUGCAUGCGAAGACGAGAGUAUAUAGCUUAGUAUCGUCAUCAAAAGAUGAGCGGGGUCCUGGCAACAUCAAGGUCGGAAUUGGAGCUGGAUAGGCCCAACCUGGAAGACUAUCUCCCCACUGGAUCUAUCCAUGAGCCUCUCGGCAAGCUUUGCCUACGUGAUUUGUUGGAUAUUUCGCCCACUCUCACUGAGGCCGCAGGUGCCAUUGUUGAUGAUUCAUUUACCAGAUGCUUCAAGUCCAACCCUCCUGAACCUUGGAACUGGAAUAUUUAUUUGUUUCCUUUGUGGUGUUUGGGAGUUGUAGUCAGAUAUGGACUUCUUUUCCCAUUGAGGGCUAUUGUUUUGACUGUAGGAUGGAUAAUAUUCUUGUCGUGCUAUAUUCCAGUGCAUUUCCUCCUCAAGGGCCAUGAUAGACUAAGGAAAAGAUUGGAGCGAGUUCUGGUAGAGUUGAUAUGCAGCUUCUUUGUUGCAUCAUGGACUGGUGUGGUCAAAUACCAUGGUCCACGGCCUAGCGUCCGUCCUAAACAGGUUUUUGUGGCAAAUCACACAUCUAUGAUUGAUUUCAUCAUUUUAGAACAGAUGACUGCCUUUGCAGUCAUCAUGCAGAAGCAUCCUGGAUGGGUUGGUUUAUUGCAGAGCACAAUUUUAGAAAGUGUAGGUUGUAUUUGGUUCAACCGUUCAGAGGCCAAAGAUCGUGAAAUUGUUGCGAAGAAGCUAAGGGAACAUGUUGAAGGGGCCGAUAAUAACCCUCUUCUUAUAUUCCCGGAAGGAACUUGUGUGAAUAACCACUACAGUGUCAUGUUCAAAAAAGGUGCAUUUGAGCUCGGAUGCACAGUUUGCCCGGUUGCAAUCAAGUACAACAAAAUUUUUGUUGAUGCUUUCUGGAAUAGUAAAAAGCAGUCUUUCACUACGCACCUGCUGCAACUCAUGACAUCAUGGGCUGUUGUUUGUGAUGUUUGGUACUUGGAACCUCAAAACUUAAAGCUGGGUGAGACACCAAUUGAGUUUGCAGAGAGGGUGAGGGAUAUAAUUUCUGUUAGAGCAGGUAUUAAGAAGGUUCCUUGGGAUGGAUAUUUGAAAUAUUCUCGCCCCAACCCAAAGCACCGCGAGAGGAAGCAACAGUGUUUUGCAGAUUCGAUACUCUGCCGAUUGGAAGAGAAGUAGAGAGGGUGUUUGCGAUUGAUUUCGAAAACGAUUCUCAACUUUUGUCCCCGGAGAAAGGCAGUUUGGGAGUGUGAUGACUUUCAACUUUCUUGCAGAGAGACAGUGGAACAAAAAGUCAAGAAGCAGCUCUGAGAUGUUUUUAGAUUAUGUUGUCCAAAUAAAAUCACUUUUUCAAAAAAAAAACACAAAAAAAAAACAUACCCAAACACCCUUCUAUAUUUUGUGAAAAAACAACAUGAGGGGUAAUAAAUUUCAUUGUUUGAUUGGUAGGAUUGAAGUGGUUUUGAGGACACAAAUUUUGUUGUUUGGUUAACCAUGGAAUUGAAUUGAUGAGGGUAUACUAAACUGCAAGUCAUAAUGUCCCUUUAUUCUUCAUCCGUUGGUCUCUAAUAAUUUUUUGCAUUAUUA